AUGUUUGACCUUCCCAGAAAGACGUACACCGUUGCCUCGACGGGCCACACGUACGAAUACAUCCGCAUCGAGGCGGCCAAUGCAACCAAAAGUACAAUCCUGUUCUUGCAUGGCUUCCCCGCCAUUGCUUCUGGCUGGCAUCACCAGAUAAAGUAUUUUGCGGACCUGGGACACCGCAUCAUCGCACCUGACCUGCUGGGGUUCGGCGGUACUUCCAAUCCAGAGUCUGCUUCAGAAUACCGCAGCAACAUCUUGAUCGAAGAUACCAUCGCCGUGCUGGAUCAUGAGAAGAUCGGUCGCUUUCAUGGUGUUGGUCACGAUGCUGGAACCUAUGUACUGUCGAGACUAUACAACUAUCACCCCGCGAGACUCUUGAGCAUGACAUUCAUCGCCGUGCCAUACGGCGCCCCGGGAACGCACUAUGACCUGGAAGCUAUGAAUCAAUUGACAAAAAAGCUCAUCGGUUUCGAGAAGUUCGCGUACAUGUACUUCCUUUCGUCCGACCGGUCGCCCGAGCUCAUAGAGCAGCAUCUGGCGUCAUUUCUGAACGUCGCAUACCACAAAAACGUUGACAUCAAGGCGGACAGCUUCUACCCGCCUGGCAAGUUACAAGCUUGGCUUGAGGCGGAUCGGAAUGACGAGCAGGUCCUCUUGAGCCCGGAGGAGAGCACGAGGUGGCUGGAGGCAUUCCGUAAAAGCGGCUUCCGGGGCGCUACCAAUGGAUACCGCGUCAUGGCCGAGAAUCUCAACGAGGAACACGAGAAGGCCGACCUUGCCGCUGGCAAGCUGACCACCAAAAUCGAAAUCCCCGUCCUAGCCAUCGAAUCAACGCCGGACAAGGCCAGCCUGCCUGGCUUCAUGGAAGGCGCUAUCAAGCCGUAUGCCACAGCGCAGCUGACGACAAAGACUGUCGAAAGUCAAGGGCACUAUCCCCAUAUCGUAUCAAAAGAAGAAGUCAACCAGGCAGUACACGAGUUUCUAUCUCGGAUAGACUCGUGA